CAGGAAAUGAUGCAUUUUACAACUUUUAAGAAAUCCCAGUGAUAAAUCACUGAUACAUAGUUUCUGCAUUUUAUUGAAACCUGCAUAAUAUUUGUUGCGUUACCAUAGUAACCUCCUGAUCCCGAGGUCUGUCCUGCUGCCUGGUGACUCUUCUGUCCUCCAGACAUGAUUAGCCAGGAGCUGCAGCAGCGAUCAGUCAGAGACACAACAUUGAUUUUCUAUAGCAAACUGACGAGGCCUGGACGUUAUCGAUCCUGUUCGAUCAGACACCAAUCAUCCAGUAUGAUGAAAACACACAGCUCGUCAGAUGAUCGAGCUGUGACAAAAAGUGUGGUUGUAAUUUUAAAUAAAGGUUUUAAAUCAAAAGGUUUUUUUUUUUCAGUUCCAAAUAAACCCUCUGCAGGUAAAACGGAUAAAACUGGAAACAAUGUUUGACUAAUAAGUUAUCAUGAGUGAUAAAUGAGCUAAAAUACACAAAAAGAAAAGUUGAAAGUAAUAUUUAGUCACAAGCACGCGCGUGUCCAUGCGGAGCUGAGAUUUGAACACGUGAGCGCUCCCGCUCCGACAGGUGUGACCAGUGACGUCAGUGAGGUGACUCCCCCUCCCUUCCCUGUCAGCUCCGGUGUGUCGAAACGCGGCUCCUCUUCAGUCGGUUCCGGAGGUCCAGAUUUGUCCCGCGGCUCUCGGUUCUGCUCAGACCGUGUUCCCGCUCUCCUCUCCCUCCUGACGUCAUGUGUGAUGAAGACUCUCCGCGGACACUGAAACUUUAUCCCGGGCUGAGCGCGUGAGUCCUCGGGACCACUUCAAAGAGAAGUCUCCAUAUUUGUUGGACCCUGAAGGCCUUCGCCAUCUGCUCCACGAUGUCCAGCACAAGGAAGAACGAGCUUUGCCGAAUAUGCGGCGGUAGUCUCCAGGGAAACCAACGCCGAUGGCUGUUUGCGGCCCAGAACAGGAGGAACGAUCAUCCCGGGACCCCAACCGGGUCAGCGAGAGGCGGGAGCCUGACCCGGUCCACUCAGAGCAGUCCCUGGGGCAGCACGUUGUCUCUGGGCUCCUCCGGGUCUCUGUCCCGGUCCCUGGUGUCCCUGAGCUCCCCGUCCAAGUCUGUGGACAUUCUGACUGUUCUGACCCACAUUCUGGGACAGUCGGUACCGAGGAACGGCAGAACCGGAGAGUUUGUGUGCGGCAAAUGUGUUUCCGCUUUGGAGCGAGUGUUCAAGUUUGACACAGUGAUCGCCCGGGUCCGGGUUCUUUCGUCUGAGCGGCUUCAGAAGCUGACCCAGGAGCGGGACAGGAUCAGGCAGUGGGUCCGGCAGAACUACCGGCAGAGACACCCGCAGGAGCUCCGGAGCCGGAGCAGCGCCAGCGAGGAGGACGGUGAGGCCGAGAGGGAGGGCUACCGGGACAUGCUGAAGGACAACAUGGCUCUGUCGGAGUACGAGUGCUGGUCCGAGAAGUGGGACACGUGUCCGUACUUCAUCAGAACCGGUAAGCGGUGCCGGAAGGGCAAAGGCUGCGAAGGCUGCGACUCUUUACGGGUUUCUGAUUCAGACUAUGAGUCGGUCUGUGGGAUUCCUCGCCACAUGCCCUCCUCCCCGUUGGAGCUGACCCGGGACAAGUCCCGGAGCAUGCCGCUCCACUGGCACGGCGUUCCCAGGUCCAGCCCGCCGUCCCUGACCGGGUCCAGCCUCUCGCUCCGGGCUCCUUCUCGCACAGAGUCCGUCCAUUCGCUGGACACUCUGGAUGGCAACGACCCGUUCUGUUCCCCGGGCAACCAGGCGGUUAGCUUUGUGCUAACGGAGCUGAGGAGCAUCGAAGGGAAGCCGCUCGGCUCGCCGUCGGGAAGUAAGAUCCCAGUGCUGGGCCGGAAGGGCGGGAAAAACCCCGGGCCGGCGUCACCCAGGGUCAGCCGGGUUCUGACCUUUGGGGAUCUGGAGAACGGAGGAGGUCAGGUGGAGGAGGAGGACGGAGACGUGCUGACAGAGCUGAAGGACGAGUACAUGCCGCUGCAGCGAGAGAACAGCACUGGCCGACUUCAGAGUGCGGUCAGGCACCUCCGAGCCCAACUGGACCAGGCCGGGACCCGGAUCAGAACCCUGGAGGCCGAUCUGAGACGGGCCGGACCGGAUCAGGUCAACGGAUCGGAGGACCUGGGCUCGCUGACCCCGGAGGAGGGCGGCGGCGCCUCGGCGCUGCACGGCCUCGGUCACGCCCUGCACAGCCGGGAGCGACUGAUCCAGGAGUGUUUGGUUCUGAUCCGAGGUCUGUGUGUGGAGAACGGAACCGGAGCAGAACUGGGAACCCGGCUGACUGAGAAGCUGCUGGAGACGCUGAAGGAACUGCUGUCUGAUAACAAGGUUGCCCUGGAGACUCUGAGGUCUGAAGCCACUGAGGCGGAGAGGAGCCUGGCGGCGGAGGUGGAGGCGCUGAGACGAGCCGGACGGGACCGUGAGGCGGACCUGGACACGCUGAGGACGGUUCUGCAGAGCAGCCAGGACGUGGUCAACGAGCUCCGGGCGUCUCUGGAGGACAGGGAGCGCCGGCUGGACGAGGCGGAGACGCAGCGGGAGCUGUGGAGACGGAGGGACGCCGCCGUCGCCGCCGUCCUGAAGGACAAGGACGCUCUGAUCCUGAACCUCCAGCAGCGCCUGGACCACCCGCAGGCGACAGGAAGUGAAGAGCAGGCGGCAGCUCGGCUGAAAACUGCAGAGGAAAACGGCGCCACCUUGUGUGAAGAGGUCACCAGACUGAGUGCAGCUGUGCAGGCGUCGCAGGAACUGCUGCAGGCUCAGCAGCAGAGCCACGCCCAGACGGUCAGCUCGCUGACGGCCCGGCUCCGGGACGCCCAGCAGCAGCUGAGGCAGGCRGAGGAGCAGCAGAAGAAGACGGACAGAGAGCGGCGGACGAGCAGAGAGGACGGCGAGCGGCGGGAGCGCCUGCUGAGGGAGAGUCUGCAGAAGAGAGACCGGCUCAUCGAGCAAAUCCUGGUGGAUGCAGAGGAGCGAGAGCGCCUCCUGCAGGAUCUGCAGCAGAACCUGCAGAACAAGCGGGAGCCGGUGACGGCCGUCAAGCACACGCUGUGACGCAGCAGCCGUUUGGACCAAUCGGGGACGGAGGAAUCUGGACCAAUCGGGGCGGAGGAAUCUGGACCAAUCGGGGCGGAGGAAUCGUUGCACUUUGUUCCUCUGAUGUAUUUAUAAUUUUGAACCUGGAGUCCUGGGUUAAAGGAGCAUUUCCACAGUUUCAGCUGAGCUCUUUGUGACUCAGGUGGUUAAUACUUGAAUUAUUGAUUGAUUGGUUAUUGGGUGAUUCAUUUUGAAUGUUUCAUUUCACGAGGUUGGAACGUUUCCAUGGUUUUUAAUGUCGGACAGGAGCGGGGUCAUUUAAAGCUGCUUUAAUGUUUCUAUUUGUUCUCUGAAAGUCAAAUUAAAUUUUAGCUGCUUUGAUUUUUCUGUUUCCUCUGGAUUAUUCUGUUUUCAGUGUCUAAACACGCCACUUUUGCUCUGGGAUUCGUACUGGAAAAUGUUUUUGUCUUUUUUGGCUCAAGAGAAUAAAAACCUCUGAACCGGA